AUGAUGGAGAAAACGGCGUUAUUCUUCGUCUUAUCAAUAGCGACGGUCCUGGCAAGCCCAGUGAUGACCAGACAGGGUCUUCUGAGACAAAAGACACAAGACACUUUCUGCGCCUCACUAUUAAACUUUAACAACUUUUACUAUUCUUUAGAAGAAAGCAGGAAUAUCACAGGAAUACCGGCAGACAUGAGUAUUCACUGGAAGACGGGGAAGGUAUUCUUCACUUUAAUUAGCGAUGAAAUGAAGAUGAGUCUCCAAAUAAUGGAACCGAGCGGAGAAUUCUCUACAAUCAAAGUGGCCGGUCUGGGCCAGUCGACUUGUGUUGAUAACCUCAACGAUAUUGUGUAUUUGGCUACUGAUAACGGCGUUUAUAAAUAUAAAGAUGACGGUUCCAUUGAACUCUAUACAGCUUUGGGUGAAGAUGUUAUGUAUGUAGCGGUAAACAGUGAUGGAACGGCCAUGUAUAUUGCCACGUGGCCCCAAAACCGUGUUCACAAAAUAACUAACGAUGGUCAGAAACUAGAAACUUUUUCUGCCAUCCCCAACGGUCAUGGUUUAACAGUGGAUCCAAGAAAUAACAUUUACUUUGUUGCCACUAAAACCUCCUAUAUCUUGAAGAAUGGGUACACCAUACCUAUCAAGAUCAAAGGUUUGCCAAGCGAUAAAAUGACAGGUGUAUUUGUAACCAGAUCUGAUGAAGUUUAUGCAAUGGAUGAAAAUAGCAAUUUGUAUCUUAUUGAUCCUGACAAUACAAGUGCCAAGCAUCUAGGGUCUUUUAGGGUAAACGGUGUUAAUACUUUUGCUAUGGAUUCAGUUGACAAUGUCAUGAUUGGAGUUAAGGGAGCCAUCUUGAAAUUCAAAGCAUACGAGAGAAGCCCUUGUCCAUCUGCGGAAAAAGUUAGCAGGAAGGGAAAAAGGCACAGUAAAAAGAGAAAGCACAAGAAACACACAACUUCGACUACUGAAGCCAAUGAAGAAGAUGAAGAGGAAUAA